GCGACGCUCCUCACGCUCAACCCCAUCCCGGCGGCCUCAGCGUGAGCAAAAUGGCAGCCCCCGUGCUGCGGGGGUUGUCUUGCUUAUCCAGGGUUUUGGGCUGUUGGUCACGGCAGCCAGCCUUAGUGACACAGUCCAUAGUUGCAGUUCCAGUGAGAACGAAAAAACGUUUCACUCCUCCUGUUUACGAACCUAAAUACAAAUCGCAAAAGGAGUUUAUAGAACAUGCUCGGAAAGCAGGAGUGGUCAUUCCUCCCGAACGUUUGGAGCGUCCCAUACAUCUGGCCUGUACAGCUGGUAUUUUUGAUGCCUAUAUUCCUCCUGAGGGUGAUGCUCGCAUGUCCUCACUUUCAAAGGAAGGACUGAAACAGAGAACUGAACGAUUGAAGAAGAAUGUGGCCUCCCAGUUGUCAAUCCGGAAAAUAAGAGAAUAUGAUGCAAAUUUUAAAACAAAGGACUUCCCUGAAAAAGCUAAGGAUAUCUUCGUUGAAGCUCACCUUUGUCUAAACAAUUCAGACCACGAUCGGCUUCAUACCUUGGUUACAGAACACUGUUUUCCGGACAUGGUCUGGGACAUCCAAUAUAAGACUGUCCGUUGGAGCUUUGUGGAAUCUUUGGAACCACCCCAGGUGGUUCAGGUUCGCUGUUCAAGCCUGGUGAACCAGGGCAAUAUAUACGGCCAAGUCACUGUGCGCAUGCACACCAGGCAGAGUCUGGCCAUCUAUGAUAGGUUUGGUCGGUUGAUGUAUGGACAGGAAGAUGUACCCAAAGAUGUUCUAGAGUAUGUUGUGUUUGAAAAACACUUGGUGAACCCCUAUGGGAGCUGGAGAAUGCAUGGCAAGAUUGUCCCCCAGUGGGCACCCCCUAAGCAGCCUAUCCUGAAGACGGUGAUGAUCCCUGGCCCCCAGCUGAAACCAGGGGAAGACUAUGAAGAACCACAAGAGGAGGCUCAUAAACCUCAACUAGCCUAA